CGAAACACCAUCUGUUGUGUUUUGCUUCCGUGAAAUCCGAGCCAGUAAAUCUAUAUGCUGGUCUAACAAACGGAAAUUAAGAAUGGUUACAAAGAGGAUCCGAACGGAGUAUAUGAAGAGAUUCAAGGACCCGGAAUGGGAAACCUACGCCAAGUGUUAUGAGGAGAUGAUAAAGUACAGACUGACGAGAAGGCUUUUGGAACAAACUCAUAAUCCGUGGUUUUGGAACAGUGACAGUGACUCGGAAUCCAGCAGGUCCACUCCUCAAAAGAAUAAAGUUGGGCCAUUGGUCCUAAAAGAAGAAUCACAACAAGAAUGUGAGAGAAAGAUUCCACCUAAAGAACCAUUGGAACAGAAGAUCCCCAUUUCAGAAGAACUGCAAGAAGAAGUUGCUUCUCCGGAGACCUCGCCACCCAUUGAUGUACAGGGUGCUGUGGACAGAGGCUGUGGAGAGAUAGAGGAAGAGAAGCUGGGACAAGGAUUAAUUGCCUCUGAGUCAGGGAAGAAGCCAGAGGCCCAAACUAAAACCAAACAGUCCAGAAAGCCCCUCAGGGCAUGGAGCCAGCUACAGAAGCCCAAAGAGACUGACAAGAAAAACAGGCACCCAUUUGCCCUGUAUGGAGGGGGUGAUAAGCCAGCUGAGAUGGCUAGGAAGAAAACUCACAAUGUGGGUCCAGCUGCAUCAACCAAGGAGAUCCACCAGUCUGCAUUACGGGCCAAAACCAGACGGGAGGUUGAGAAGCAGGUGCAGAAAGUGGACAAGUGGAGAGUGCGGUCUGCAGAGCUGGAGAAAGUGACCAUGACCAAACCUGACUUUGACCCCUGGAUGACAGAGUACAUGCGCUGCUUUUCUGCCAGGUCCUGAUAGAUAUACAGUGAGGGGGGGAAAGUAUUUAAUCCCCUGCUUAUUUUGAA